AAACAAAAAUGAAACCCUCUACCGGGAAAAAUCUCGCCCCAGAGGCUCUGAAAAGCUCCAAUCCAUUGCCUAUGCAUCGCCUUCAUCAUUGAAAUUUCUUGUUUGUUCAAUAUUCCUGUUGUGAACGCCGGUGUCCGGUUGUUUCAGGAGAGAAAUGCAGGCGAAUGCAGACUCUGACUGCGACAUCUCCGAGGACGAUGAUUUUCAUUCAACUGAAGGAGCUAUGGAGGAAAAGGAAGAACUUCAGCUCAAUUUAAGGCUGGACAGGCUCAAAGGCAAGCAAUGUGCUCUCGAAUUCUCUCCUGCCUCUGGUGCCAAGAGGUUAAAUGAAGAUAGUCCUCCUGGUUGUGCAACUAAAAGGCAAACUGGUGUAUGCUCAUGGUUUCCAGUAAACAAAGAAACCAAGGUAGUUAAGGUUCUGAAUAACAGUGCUUCCUUUUCUUCAUCCUAUAUAGCAUACUCUGGAGCAUGCAGCUCAGAUAAAGGAAUCAGAGGCAAAGCCAAACCUAAAUUUAGGUUUCAUUCACAGAGGAGAGAACAAUCAUGCUCUGUUAUUUGUGAGGAUAGACUCUGCUCAGCAUCCAUAUCCAAGGUUUAUAAUUUAUCUGAUACCUUUGAUGCUUUUGCGUCAAGAACUGAGAAGUAUCCAGCUGCAGAAUGUCUCGAAGAUUUGGUGGAAGAAUUUGAAGACCAAUCUGACAUAGGACCUGCGCUGAACUGUGGAAAUAGUGAGAGUUCAAUUGCUGAGCUUUUAGAUGUCCUCAAAGAUAAGAAUAGCUCACUAGAUGGACAUCUUGAAUGGCGUAGCCAACUUGGAGGGAAAAUGCUCCCAAUUGUUGAGAAGAGAGCUCUUGUUACAUCUGUAGAUAGAAGGGCUGACAGUGAAGAUUCCCAUAUUUCCUCGGAUAACGAGUCAAGUGACCAUGAGGUCAAUGAUCAGAACUUGAAGCUUGCAGGCCUAUGUACAAAUGAGCAAUCAAUUACGGAUAGAUUUGAGGAAGCUUUAGUUGCUGCAUGUAUGGACGCUGAAAGGACUUCUGGGUUGGUGCCAAAUCCACUAGGAAUUGGCUUAUUUGGAAAGCUGCAGCAAGUCAUGCAGAGCGAAAAAGAAAGAGAGAUCAACUUCUUGAAUGGGCUACAUUGCAGCACAACUCCAAAUGGCUGCAUUGAUGUAAAGAUCCUAUCAAGAUACUUGGAUGCAAAGUUAACAGUAUGCUCUUGCCUCUUUAUAAACAUGGAGCGCUCUCUGUUGCAAAAUGGUGAUGAAUCCAUUGCAACCGAAGGUGAAAAAAGGACAGUUAUUUUCAGCCAACGAGUUUGCAGCGUUGUCGAACUUGAAGUUGGGAACUUAAUUCGUAUCAACCCUCCAUGGAAAGAAGUUCCGGUUGAUCGUGCUCACAAUAUUAUCUUGUCAACAUAUUUCGCCCAACUCACUUGAGAUCUUUAGAAGGAAUGUUGCAUAUUCACCUGAUAAGUGAAAAACUUGUCAGGUAUUAAGAUUUGGAGCCAUCCCGUCAGCAUUUAAGACAUCUCUAUUUCUUCCUAGAAGUGGUAGAUUCAAAUAAUUUUGCUUUAAUUAAAUAAGAGGGAAAAUUACCCUUUUUGGUCUUUGAGUUUUUAAGGUGUGCAUUUGGUCGUUUCAAUGGCU